AUGUUCGACCCCCUAGGCUCAACGAGUGCAGCUUUCGGUGGCGUUGACCACGAUUCUACGCCGCCGUGGCCUACAACGCCUCAUUCUCCUGGUUCCACUAUUCCGAACUUGCGCCGCGCAUCACCUGCACCGCCGACGCCGGACAAGGGCCCCGCACCUGGGCUGUAUGGAAGAGAGCCGCAGAUAUACGGGCAGCCAGAUGCAGGCCUCAUUUCUCCGCGAGAAGCUGUUGGCUCGAACGGCGUGAAGUACGAGAAGCCCGAGCCGUAUCUGCGAGUGCGAAUCAAUGGGCUGGAUAGGAACAGGCGGGAUAUCCUUGUCAAGCUUGAUGCACAGACCAAUCUCUCCAAUUUUAACGGCACGACGUAUCGUAACGUCUCCCGCUCAUACCUUGAGUUUCAACAAUUCUACGAGACCAUUGUGCAUAGCAAUCCACAAACUAUCGUUCCCGCCCUCCCCCUUGCCCAAACGUCAGCCCCGACUGAUGAGGAGGAUGAUCGCCUUGUCAAGAUAAUGCUGCAGAGAUGGAUUACGAGAGUAUGCGAGGAUCCAAUUUUGCUGCAUGACGAGGAUGUCCGGUCAUUCAUCGAAAGUGACUUUGGGUACCAGCCAACGCCGCGUCCAAGGAAGAAGACGUCAUCUGGCUUCGGAAUCAUGCGCCGAGGGGUCCCAGACGAGGACGAAGAACUCCAGCGGGCAAGGUUUGAGCUCACCAGGUUGGAAGGCCAGUUCUUUGACACAGCGAAAGCUGUGGACAAACUGGCUAUUACUCGGAAAGCUCUUGCCACAGCCCACGCCGAGAUGGGUAACAAACUCGUCAACAUUGCGACAACAGAGGCGCACCCGCCGUUAGGGAAUGCCCUCCGCAAGCUGGGACGAGCGUGGCAUAGCGUAGCGGACUUGGACCAGGCCCAGGCGAUCAGUGAAUGUGUCAUCCUCGGCGACUCGCUUGGGUAUCAGGGAAUGAACGCGCGUUCUGCCAAGGAAACUCUGCAAAUGCGUACUGGAGUGCUAGAGGAAUACCAGGCCGCUGUUAAGACCACCAUCUCUAAGCGGCGUCAAAUUGAGCGGCUGAAGGCGAGUUCAAACAUUCGUGCUGAACGCGUGGAUGAAGCGCUAGAGGAGAUCGAGGAGGCUAACCGAUACGAGCAAACUCUUGCCAGGCGGGCGGAGGGCAUUUCGCAGAACCUCCAUCGUGCCCUCCAUAUUCACAACCGUUACGCUAAUGACGAUAUUACGACUGCUCUCAUUGAGCACGCUCGCUCUUCCAUCAUGUACGAGAGGCAGCUUUUGCGUGAACUGGAGGCACUUCGUGGCGACAUCAGCAAUGCAGCGCAGAAGGUUUUGCCGCCUACGAACGGUGCUCCGAAACCCACCUACGUUCCUCCGCUGGAAGACUACUCCGAGCGACCACACCCAGAACCUAUGCCUUCCGCCCCUAUAACUAAUGGCUUUCCCAGACAGGCGCCCGUGCAACCUCCUCACACUGCGGGCAUCGCCUCUCACAAUGGACCCCAAGGAUUUAUACCGCAUAAAGUACCAAGCCCAGCGCCUAAUCCCCUCUACCCUCAUAGUCCUGUACCAUCGCACUUCCCGCAAACACCUAUUGGUAGACAAGAGCCUUUUUCUGCAGCUUCAAUUCGCUCUUUCGUUCAAGGACCUCCGUCGCCUGCACUCCCUCCACAGCCUGCGAGGCAACCCUUUCCGCCACCACAGUCACCCGGUGCGGGGCCCUCAUCCUCGUCGGUUCCACCAAGUCCCACAGUCGCCUCGCGAGCAAUCGCAGAGCCGCCUCUCGGCGGUCGCUUUGUGGAUGGUACGAAAUCCAUGUUCGUGCCGAGGUCGACGUCCAGCCCGCGUCCAUCACCUCUUGCUUUCUCAUCCUCGACUUCAAACCUCCCUCACGCCAACGCUACCACGUCAUCGUCAUCGUCAUCGUCUGCCCAUUUCGACCCUCUCCGUAGCGAUACGUAUCCUACAACUUCCUCUGCUGUGCAGAGUUCGGAACGCGGACUUCCACAGCAGCCUUCUGGUCCUGUGGACGUAGAUCCUCUAGGUUCAAUUAAACCUCACCAAAUGUCUGCCUCCGUGCGUGUUCAACCCACGCGGCCAAGGCUCGAUGCUAGAGAGGCUGCAAGUAAGCUUGCGAACAUGUUUUGA